AUGGGAAAUUGUUGCGUGCGGAAUUCCGUACGUACCGGUCAGCACGUCACGACGCCGCGACUACACGGAGACUUCCUGGGCCGGGCGACCAAGCAAUCCGGGGAAGACGACGAAGGAUCGACUUACAUUGCUCCGGACAUAUGUGAUGUAUUUUUCAGGGGGCUGAAGCGGCCCGUAUGUGUGCUCAACUCGGCGAAGGACGGGCACAGUGGCACGGAGUCAGAGUCACAAAGGGGCUCCUCGGAGAUACAAAUGGAAUCUUCGCCUUCCUUCACCGAUGAACUAUCAACCGGGCUGUAUAUACCCCCGUCACAUGGUGACAGCAUCGCACAAGCAUCGCCGGAGCAUGGCGAUAUCGACCUCAUGAGGAAUCUCGGGGACUAUCCCAGGAUUACCGACUUCGUGCUUACCCGUGACCUGUGGCGGUCACGUAUACUUAACAACUACAAGGUGACCGCCAGGUACAACGUAACUCCGGCGACAAUAGGUUUCGGCGUCGGCGGAUCAGUCCGGGAGGUCUUCGACAGGAAAUCACAGCAUACGUAUGCCAUGAAAACGCUCAGGACCUUCCUACCGUCGAGGAGCACGAUUGUCAGCGCAAUCAACGAAAUCGCAAUAUACACACAGCUGGACCACCCGCACAUCGCCUUCCUGCAUGAGGCUUACGAGGACGUCGGCGUCUGCCACCUCAUCAUGGAGCAUUGCACGGGAGGGGAGCUGUACGACCGAUUGGACAGCUACAAGCGCUUCGCGGAGGGUUACACCAAGCGGCUGACCGUUCAAAUGCUGCUCGCGAUAAACUACCUGCACACAAAUGGCAUCUGCCACCGUGACCUGAAACUGGAAAACUGGGUUUUCGCCAGCUCCGACCUGGGAGCACCGCUCAAAAUGGUUGACUUCGGCUUCUCCAGGCUUUUCCAGCAGGGAGUGCCCAUGGGCGGCACGCACGGGACCGUAUACUAUGUGGACCCGGAGGUGAUCGACGGAUGCUACAACGAAAAGUGCGACGUCUGGAGCACCGGAGUGAUUGUGUACAUGCUCCUGUCGGGAUCCCCGCCGUUCAACGGGGAUGGCGACAAGGAGAUUCUGUGGAAGAUCAAAAAGGGGGCGCUGAAGUUCGACGGGGCACGGUGGAGCCAGGUGUCUGAGCAGGCGAAGGAGUUCAUCAGGUACCUCCUCAACAGGAACGGCAAGGAGCGCGCAUCGGCGUAUGAGGCGCUCAACCACCCGUGGCUCAAUGAGGAGGUGCAGAAGUUCGACGCCAGCAUCGUGACGCCGGAUGUGCUGCGCCACAUGGUAGACUUUAGCAAGAAGACCCCCCUGCACCGUGCCCUUGUGGCACUGUGCGUGUUGGAAGCGGAUAGAAACGCCAACCUCGAAAUAUACAGGAUCUUCUUCGCAAUCAACACGUCACGGAGCGGAGCCAUCACUCUCAAUGAGUUCACCGAGGCCAUGCGCAAACACCUCGACAUGGACGGAAACGAAGCCGCGGCCGUUUUCGACAUUAUCGCAUUCCGAGAUAUGGAGCUUUUAGCGCAGGUCUACUACAAGCUGGAGGCACUGGGCAACGGACGCAUCGAUGUGAACGCCUUCGUCGCCUGCAUGGGCGAACACUUCAGCGGCACGCCCGUCGCCAGCAUCUUCGACGACACCGACGUAGAACAGAGAGGCGUUAUCGAGUUCGCACAGCUGCAAAAUUGCCUCGUAAGCGUACACUAG